ACAAGGAGACCAGCACCACCACGAUAUCCAACUCAUCUCCACACCACAACAACUCCCCCGACUGUUGUCUUCCCUCCAGUCCUGUUCUGCGCCUCAUCGCGUUGGCCGGUGCAACGGCCCCCCUCCCGUCCUUUCGUCCGCCUUUCCGCCUCCUCGCUUUUUCGCCGCGCUUCUCCGGUCGAUUCACGGAAUCGCAGCCAUGAACUCAGCCUUCGUCACUGCUCUCACGAGGGCUCUGCCUUCCUUGGGCCGAUCAUGUCAGCUUCGUGCUCCAGCGGUUAGUCUGACGAGACCUUUCUCGUCAACUCCGACCACCCUCGAAAACCCCAAGGACUCAGCCCGCGAAAUCGAAAGGCAGAUUCUGAACACCGCCUCGGAACCACAACAGGCCCCGCGCCGGAACAGCUCACUCUCUGCCAUUAACCACAUACUCUCGGAUCGCAUGAAAAAUGAGAAGCUGAGCGCCGACUUCAUCAAGAUGGCGGACAGUCUCGAAGCCGAGAUGACCAAACAGCGCCACGCCGACCGGUCUCCUCCCCACCAACUCCACAUCUACACCCAUCGGCACAACCUCCACUUGACCCUGACACGGCCGAACGGCAACCCGCUGUUGUCGAUGAGCUGCGGCCAGCUGGGCUUCCGCAAAGCCAAGCGUGGAGGCUACGAUGCGGGAUACCAGUUGAGUGCCCACGUUUUCGGUCAGAUACAGGAGAAGGGACUCCUUCCGGACAUCAAGCGCCUGGCGCUGAGUUUCCGUGGGUGGAGCUUGGCCCGUGAGGCGUUUAUCAAGGUCUUGCUGGGCAAUGAGGGAAGGAACAUCCGGGGCCUGGUUUGUAGCGUGACUGAUGCGACCCGGAUAAAAUUCGGUGGCCCGAGAAGCAGAAAGGUCCGUCGUCUCGGUUAAAGCGAUAUGUCUGGUUUGUUGGGAGUCGGGUUUUUUUUGCCGCUUGUUUGGGGGAUCUGUGUUGCUAGAGGGGUUGGAGGAAGGGAAGCACCCGGCCGGACACGGUUCAUGAUGGAUACUGGAUACCCUCAGAGAUGGCAUCAUCUGCCAAAGUCCAACGAUGGGACCUCCUCGACCGUAUGGUGAAUACCAGCCUGUUGUUGCGCGGUGGACGCGGUGGACAGGGUGAACGGCUCUGCCUUCCCUGGCCGGGAAGGGUGUUCUCUAUAUUUGUAUACUAGCCAGCCUGUUCCCGGCGUCUACGGGAUAUAUUAUUGUUUCUGUG